AUGGCGGACCUCAACUGGCGCCCUCCCGGCUGGUCGGCCAAGCCGUCAACGCCGCGCUACCUCCUCAUCACCAAGGAGGGCGCCUCCACCGGUCACCUCACCAUCUCCGACCGCGCGCUCCUCUUCGGCCGCCGGGUGCCGAACGAGCCCGAGCGCGGCACGGUGCGGCUCGACCACGACUCGAUCUCGCGCCAGCACGCGGCCGUCGUCCACUCCUUUCAGGGCGAGACCUUCGCCGUCGACCUCGGCUCGCGCUUCGGCACGACGCUCGACGGCGAGAAGAUGCCGGCCAACAAGUACACGCCGCUCCGCGAGGGCGCCACGCUCAUCUUUGGCGCCUCCUCCCGCAGCUACACACUCACCGCCACGCCGCCGGCCGCCGCCGCCGCCAAGCCGCGGGCCGCCGCCGCCUCCGCCGCCUCCUCCGCCUCCGCCUCCGCCGCCUCCUCCUCCUCCGCCUCCGCCUCCGCCGCGCCCGCCUCGACCUCCUCCUCUGUCGCUCGAAAGCCAUGCCCGCCGGCGGCGGUUGCGGCGGCGGCAGCGGCGGACGAC